UCGCGGCCGUUGCGCUCUCUUCAGCGCUCAAGACCACCUAACUCUGACAACUGCAGCGACUACCCAACGGCAGCACCAGUCGCUGCUUUAUUCCCAAAUAUCGCGGAGCACGCGAGAAAGAGAGGGCAGGAAGCUGCCUCCUCCUCCUCCUCCUCCUCCGCCAGGCAGGGCGCUGCACUCGUCCGCUUUCGAGCAAAGCAGCAAGUAUGGUGGCGUCGGACUGUCGGGGUCGCUCGGCCACCUAUCUCGGAGGGGCGCUUAUCGCACUCCUUGUGUCGGGUUUAGCUCAGCCCCACGAUAUAGCCAGACGGCCUCUGUGGAACUUGAAAAUGGAUCAAGCUUUAUUACGAAUUCAUAAUGAAUUGCUCAUUGACAACUUGUCCAUUUAUUGGAUCUCAGAUUAUUGUUAUGAGUGUUUGCAACAGGAGCUGAUUUCUGUCCAGAUAAACAGAACAUCCAAAGAAACUCACUUUGUAGCUAUUGAUACUCAGCAUGCUCUCAAACUGAUGGUCAAUAAUUUUAAAGAAGGAAAAGAACUGUGCAGGAUUCAUUAUCAUUUUGGAGAAUAUGGAAACUAUUCCUUAAGGAUUAGACAUCUCCAGAACAACAUCAUGAACAUUACAUGUGAUAUAGUUAUCAAUCAAAGUCCUCUCAACAGCUAUCUCCCUAUUUUAUUUGCAUUUCUCAUCUACAUGGGUAUUUUCAUUAUUCUGAUGAUUGGACAGAUUUGCAUAAACACUGAACCAGUAAGAAAUUGGUUCUUCAAAAAGAUGGAUCCUAGAGAAACUGAUCGACUUAUUAAUUCAGAGCUUGGAUCCCCAAGCAGAACAGAUUCCAUUGGUGGUGAAUUCCCAAUAGGGGCAUGGAACACUGCUUCCUCUCUACAGAGACUUCGUUCCCUCGAUACCUUCAGAGGCCUGGCACUUACAAUUAUGAUCUUUGUGAAUUAUGGUGGAGGAAAAUAUUGGUUCUUCAAGCAUCAGAGCUGGAAUGGCUUAACAAUAGCAGACCUCGUCUUUCCAUGGUUUGUAUUUAUUAUGGGUACCUCUAUUUCACUGUCCCUCAGUGCCAUGUUAAGACGGGGUUGUUCCAAAUGGCAAUUGCUGGGCAAAGUCAUAUGGAGAAGCGUCCUUCUAUUUUUAAUAGGACUAAUAGUUGUAAACCCAAAUUAUUGCCUUGGACCACUUUCCUUGGAUAAUCUACGAAUUCCAGGUGUGCUCCAAAGAUUGGCUUGCACGUAUUUUGUUGUUGCGACGCUAGAACUGCUCUUUGCCAAACCUGCACCUGAGAACAGUACUCUGGAGACUUCCUACCCUGCUCUUCAAGAUAUUCUUCCUUAUUGGCCCCAGUGGAUUUUUAUGUUGGCCCUUGAAGGACUUUGGCUGUGCCUCACCUUCCUUUUGAGUGUACCUGGGUGUCCAAAAGGCUACCUUGGACCUGGAGGUAUUGGCAGUUUUGGAAAGUUUCCCAACUGUACCGGAGGGGCAGCAGCUUACAUUGAUCAUUUGCUUCUAGGAGGAAAACAUAUGUAUCAACAUCCAUCUUCUAAUGUGUUGUAUCUUACUACAGUCCCCUUUGACCCUGAAGGAAUUUUAGGAACAAUAAAUUCUGUUCUUAUGGCAUUUUUGGGACUUCAGGGAGGAAAAAUUCUUUUGUUUUAUAAAGAUCAGCAUAAGCAAAUAAUUCUUCGAUUUUGUGUGUGGAGUAUAAUAAUGGGUGUCAUUUCCAUGGUAUUGACAAAAUGCUCAAAAGAUGCAGGCUUUAUUCCAGUUAACAAGAAUUUAUGGUCAAUUUCAUAUGUGACAACACUGAGCAGCUUUGCCUUUAUACUUCUGCUGUUUAUAUACUAUCUUAUAGAUGUUAAGAAGGUAUGGUCAGGUGCUCCAUUUUUCUAUCCAGGCCAAUCCCAACUGGUCUGAACAGGGAGAGAUCCAUGGCCACUUCUUUGUAGCACACUGCAGGACUCGGCACUUUCUACAUCCUUUUUAACAUCUAUAUGAAGCCACUGGGUAAGAUCAUUUGUCAUCAUGGGUUGAGUAUCACUAUGCUGAUGAUACUCAACUUUGUAUCUCCACCUCUGGUGAUCCAAGUGAUGCUAUCACUGCUAUCUUGCCAUGCCUGGAGGCUGUAAGAACUUGGAUGGGGGACAAUAGUCUUCAGCCAAAACCUGACAAGACCAAAUGGUUUUGGGUGCAUGGAGCUUCAAGAUCUGGGACUUUUAACAGCUUUAGUUUUGGAUGGGAUUACAGAACACACUGCAACUGGGGGUUCUCUGCCUCAAAACUCCUGCUCAAAGAAUAAGUGGCAAGAGCCUGUGUAUUUUAUUUUGUGUACCAGUGAUAGUCUUUCCUGAAUCAAGAGUCCCUGUUUUCAAUCACUCAAGCCCUGGUCAUCUCACACAUGGAUUACUAUGGUUCCAGGGACUCCAUAGGGUAGCCCAUGUUAUACACCUUGUUGUUUCUGAAUGAAAGUCAGGAUGAUGGUUACCUUUAAAACUCUGUAUAGCAUGGGUCCAGGUUACUUAAGGAACCAUCCUCACCCCAGUGGGACUGGCGUGUCCUACCUAUCCCAGCAAAGCGGGCAUGCUAUGGGUCCAUCACAUAGGGAAUUUCAGGUGGCAAAGUCCAGAAGACUUCUCUGCUAUGGCUUCUUCUCUUUGGAACAUCUUAUCCAGAGGUGAGAUUGACUCCCAACCUUCCAAAAGGACCUGAUUCUGCCAGGAGGCUUGGGAUCCCAACAAGGGAAUAGCACACUGAAGGUGGUUGAAGAGAAAAUCCCAUCUCCCUCCUGUCGUAGCUUUUAACUGUAACUUUACUUUGGAUUGUAAUUCUAUUUUUAUUUUUAGAAAUACUGAUCUUUUAUGGUCUUAUUGUUUUUAAUGUUGUAAGCUGCCCAGAGCCACUUCAAAGCAAGAUGGGUGGCAAACAAAUUUAACACACACACACACUCUGUAAUACAUUACUACUUUUCUGAUAGUGUUUUUGAUUUCUUUACAGGUAUGAACUCCAUUCUUGUUUAUGUAGGACAUGAAAUAUUUGAAAACUAUUUUCCUUUUAAAUGGAAGCUGCAUGAUACACAAUCACACAGUGAACAUUUGACUCAGGAUCUAAUUGCUACAUCUUUAUGGGUUAUCAUA